AUGGCCACUUUCAAAAAUCUCGUGCGCUUUGCUGCUGGUGCCGAAACUUACUAUGGAGACUUGAUCUCGGCAAUUGGAAACAAUUACACCGUCCGCAAAUUGAAGGGAAGCCCAUUUACUAGCCUCCAAACCACCGAGGAGGUUCUUACUGUAGAUAAGCUCUUGUGCCCGAUCGAAAGCACACCACUUGUGAUCUGUAUCGGACUGAACUACAGACAACAUGCAACAGAAGCGAAUUUACCUAUUCCCAAGUACCCUAGUGUCUUUAUGAAGCCAGCGGACAGUCUUGCCGGUGCCUUUGAAGAUAUUCCGGUUCACCCUGACGCGGCGGAGCUUCUGGACUACGAGGGAGAGCUGACCGUGGUAGUCGGCAAGGAUGCAAAGAACGUCUCUGAAGAAGAAGCGCUCGGCUAUGUCCUAGGUUACACUGCUGGUAACGACAUUUCCGCCAGAAAUUUCCAGCUUCCUGAGGUAUCCGGUGGGCAAUUCUGCUAUGCGAAAUCGUUCGAUAAGUUCGCGCCGAUCGGGAACACUAUUCUGUCGGCACAGGAGGUUAAAGAUCCCCAAGCCCUGCAACUGAGAACCAAGGUCAACGGCGUUGUCAAACAAGAGACCAGUACAGGAGACAUGAUCUAUUCGGUGGCCCAGAUCAUCAGCCAUCUCUCGCGAGGAACGACUCUUCGCAAGGGAACGCUCAUCAUGACAGGAACUCCUUCGGGCGUAGGAUUCUUCCGAAAAGAAUUCUUGCAGAAUGGAGAUGUUGUGGAAGUGGAAAUUGAGGGGGUUGCUGCAACCAAAAACCGGAUGGUUCAUGAUUGA